AUGACGAGGCGCCAGAGCCCAUCCCUGCUGUGGGAAAUUGCUCAAGUGACAAUCAAUUUACCGUGUUCGGUUUAUACGGCUAAACAUCUCAAGGGGGAGCUGGAAAAACUAAAUCAAUCUACAGAUGAUAUCAAUCGGAGAGAGACGGAGCUGGAGGAUGCGCGCCAGAAGUUCCGCUCCGUGCUGGUCGAAGCAACGCUAAAACUGGAUGAACUAGUAAAGAAGAUCGGAAAAGCUGUAGAAGACUCUAAACCUUACUGGGAAGCUCGGAGGGUGGCCAGGCAGGCACAGCUGGAAGCUCAGAGGGCGACUCAGGAUUUUCAGAGGGCCACUGAAGUGCUGCGUGCUGCAAAAGAGACCAUUUCACUUGCUGAGCAGAGGCUACUGGAAGAUGAUAAACGUCAGUUUGACUCUGCCUGGCAAGAGAUGCUCAACCAUGCUACUCAGAGGGUCAUGGAGGCAGAACAGACCAAAACGAGAAGUGAGUUGGUUCACAAGGAGACUGCAGCCAAAUACAAUGCUGCUAUGGGAAGGAUGAAACAACUGGAGAAGAAGCUGAAAAGAGCCAUCAAUAAAUCAAAACCUUAUUUUGAACUCAAGGCAAAGUACUACGUCCAACUAGAGCAACUGAAAAAAACAGUGGAUGACCUGCAGGCAAAACUGGCCCUGGCAAAGGGAGAGUAUAAGACUGCCUUGAAAAACCUGGAGAUGAUCUCAGAUGAGAUUCAUGAGAGGAGACGAUCCUCUGCCAUGGGGCCCCGAGGAUGUGGCGUGGGUGCUGAAGGGAGCAAUACCUCUGUGGAAGACCUGUCAGCAAGUAAAUCGGAGUCGGACACCAUCUCCAUGGCUUCAGAAGUGUUUGAGGAUGACAACGGCAGCAGCUUCGUAUCUGAAGAAGAUUCGGAAACUCAGUCAGUGUCCAGCUUCAGCUCUGGUCCUACGAGUCCCUGUGAGGUGCCCACUCAGUUUCCUCCUGUGACGCGACCUGGAAGCCUGGAUCUGCCCAGCCCUGUGUCCCUCUCUGAGUUCGGAAUGAUCUUUCCUGUCCUUGGCCCCCGAAGUGAAUGCAGCGGGGCAUCCUCCCCUGAGUGCGAAGCUGAAAGAGGGGAUAGGGCAGAAGGGGCUGAGAACAAGACAAGCGACAGAGUGAACAAGAAUAGGAGCAGCAACAGGAGCAGCUCCACUGAGGGGCUGGCUCUGGAUAACCGAAUGAAGCAGCUCUCCCUUCAGUGCAUGAAAAUCAAAGAGGGAAUAUGCGCAGGCAGAAAAGCUGCCCAGAUUGGCUGAGUCCUUCUUGUGCCCUGUCCUGAUUAAUGGGAAUAUAAAUAUUUAUACAUGAACUUCUAAGUGUUUGAAGAACAUUGUGCCAAUAAUAUAUGCCAAAUCCUAAGCGUUUACUCUAAGAAUUUAAAACUGCACUAAGAGGUCUAAUUGAUGUGGAGGGCUGAAGUUUUUAUUCAGUAAAUCCUUUGCAGGCCAGACAAGUUAUCAAAUGUUUAAGCUGUGCUCACAUUUCACAGACUUUGUAAAUUGUUUUGUAGCAGCCUGGCUGAAGCAAUAACUAGUAACGUUCCUGUGUAAAUUCAUGCCAGUAGGGGGUCUGAAAUUCAAGCCAGACGUUUGCAGAGAGCGGUUUGGCUUCGGUUUUGUAGAAUGAAGUGCUCUCUAGAUACAGUGGAUCUCUUGAGUAUGUGGCAUAUUCUUUAAACAUCUGUAUUUGUCUGUAUUAUGCUGAAACUGUAGAAAUAUUUUGUAUACAGGAAAGCUGUUGCAUGUGUGGGGUCUAAAAGCCUUCGCUCUUCCCUUGGUGCUCACAGAAAGAAUAAAGAUGAGUCACGCCUAUAAAAACUGGUGUUAAGAGACAGGGACAGAAAGGGGAUGGCAGCACUCAGUGGUGGUAGGCCCUUUCUAGCCACCUUCCUGAGUCUGGCUUGGACUCUGAGGGUGAUUCCAGUGACCAAAAAGAGUCGACUGGCCCCUUGCCCUUCCCCUCCCCUGAGAAGUGAAGUAUUAUUUUUCAGCACUUUAAGUGUUUUUUUGCUCAAAAAUGGGAGUCAUAGAUGUUUCGGGACAGUUACGAUAAGGGAUUCACCCUUGAAAUAUGCAUGAAGAAAAGGAAUUGCCAGUGUAGAUUGACGAUGUGUUCUUAAGCUUCUCCGUAGGUUGUACUGUGUGGGGUUUUAUAACUGUUAAAGGGACUCGGGAUUUUAGUAUGCCCUAGAGAAAGUGUUCAAUGAAACUAGAAAGGGCACGGGCAUGUUUUGCCAGCAGCUGUUAGGCAGUAGUAGUGUCUGGUAAUUAUGCUAAUAAGUGGUAGUAAAAAUCCUAGGACUCUUCAGUUUUGGUGGCUAAGCAUUUCCGAAAGCACCGUUUUAUCGAAGAUGUCAGUUUAGAUUGUUAAUUUGAUGGGAAUUUUAGUAUUGCCCAAAGUAUUUUCUAUUCUAUGUUUUUGCAGUCCUGUUGUAUUUCGUCCCUGCCACAGCUUGUGUAUCUAUUCUCAAAGUUAAUGUAAAAUUCUUCACACUACAGUAAACAUUUUUGUUUUCCACA